GGGAUUGGAGUCUCGGAAAGCGGUAGCGAGUGGCCUGGCGGUUGGUUUGACGAAUAGAUCUAGGCUUGCCGCCGGAAACACUCGUACUUUGCUGAUCCGCCGUGACGGGUUUUUGUACAGAACGGCGCUCCAGAAAGACAAGUUCAACUGCUGUAUCUUUGUUCAAAAGGUAACAUAAACUGGGAAAGUCGCGCAUGACGCGAUUUUUUUAUCUGCACCACUCGCCGGUGUCUGACGUGUCUUGGGUGCGGAAGGGAAGUGUGUUCAAAGGUUUCGCUUGACUUUCUGCUUACGCCUUCCUCGAGGUGGGAAAGGCAUGAUACGCGUACCCACGGGAUUGCCAACGCCCAUGUGCAUCAGGGACAGGCCACUGGACCCCUCACUCAAGUUACUAGCCGAAGAGGCCAAAGCAAUCGGGAAGUCUGGUCACAGAGGUGCCGGCGGCGAACGCCUCGCUGCCGUGGCAUUCCCCGUGGGGUAUAGAGGAAUAGACGGGAAAGAACAGGCUCACUGAGACGUCUGACGAAAGUCCGGUCGUUAUGUAAGGACUGCGACGCCGCUCUCACGUCUUGGUAUGCCGUUGCGUACAAUGUCGGUGACAUCGGGGCAGUAUCCGGUGCAGCCACAUCAACGAAGACCCCUUUUCGGUCGCGGCAACCUCUUCUUCUUCUUGAACAGCGGCUCGUCUGACGGUGCAGCAGUUGGGACACCAGGAGUUUCUCCUUCGCGGGAGCAGUCGGGUUUCCAGAUGCUGACGAAAAGGAGUCUCUUCGGUGUGUCUCAUCCACCAACCCAUUCGAGCCGAACUGUCGCUCAGAUGGCGCCUCGCUCGCAAGCAUAUACACCACAGCCGCACCGGUCUAGUGGGGAUUGUUCGACGGCAGAAAAGGCUUCUUGUCCAACCGGCAGCGCUGCCGUCCAUCAGGCAACAAAUAUGGGGUCGGUCUCCGCUGUUGCUGGACCUUUGGGGAGAAUGUGGGGGAAACUCAGUAGCAUGAGCACGAUGGCGACCAGUCGGGGCGAUAGUCUGCUGUCAACGAGCAGCCGGACAUCAGUUGCAGUUGAGUGCAGCCCCCGAGCAACACAACCUCCUCCCAACGUCGCUGAUCGGGAGAGCCAAAUUCUCUCGCAAGUGCGGUACGAUCUACUUGCGAGGAACUUGUCGAUAGACGAUUUUUUGUUCCACGAAACCGUUGGCACUGGCUCUUUUGGACGAGUUUGUAUAGUCGAUUUACGUGGUGCGGCCGGAUGGUACCCGCCAAUGGCAUUGAAGAUCCUGAGCAAACACAAGAUCGUAAAGAUGAAACAAGUCGAGCACGUGAAGGACGAGAAGAGAAUUCUUUCUUCGAUAGAACAUCCCUUCAUAGUUAAUCUGCUGGCUGCGUUUCAAGAUGAAAAGCGAUUGUUCAUUUUGAUGGAGUACGUGAACGGCGGGGAGCUAUUCAGUCACUUGCGCCGCCGCAACUGUAUUCCGACUGAUCAGGCCCGUUUGUAUGCUGCCGAGAUCACUCUGGCAUUCCAAUACCUGCACCAACGUCAUAUCGUUUAUAGGGAUCUCAAACCUGAGAACCUACUGAUUGACUCACAAGGCCACAUAAAAAUUACCGAUUUCGGAUUUGCCAAAGUGGUGAAGGAUCGCACGUGGACAUUGUGUGGAACUCACGAAUACCUUGCCCCAGAAUCUAUCACUCGUCGGGGUCAUGGGCUACCUGUUGAUUGGUGGGCCCUGGGGAUCCUCCUCUUUGAGAUGCUUGCCGGACAUCCGCCAUUCGUCGAUGAGAAUCCACUUGGUAUUUAUCGGAAGAUCAUCGCAGGUAAAAUCGAGUUUCCUAGAUCGUUCGAUUACGCGGCCAAAUCUCUUGUCAAGCGGUUGCUCACGCAUGAUCCGCUGAAGAGAUACGGUUGCUUGAAAGAUGGAGCGGAGGACGUAAAGAACCACAAGUUUUUCAAGGGGAUUGACUGGGUAAAGUGCUACAACAAAAACAUUCGCGCCCCAUACUUGCCGAAUACUAGGGGCCCACAGGAUAGCAGCAUGUUCGACAAAUAUGCCGAGUCCACUGAAUCGUCUUCUCCGCCAAUAGGUGCGGCGGAACAGCAGGCCUUCUUCGACAAUUUUUGAGCGCAAGGUGGUAGGCAGGUCUGAGCAGAUAUGGAUAUGCCCUCCAGAUAUGUAACAGUAAUGUGAUCCCGCUUGUGAAGACCCAGUGGUUUGUGGAAUGCGCAUCGGUUUUGUCGCGCAGGGGCAAUGACCUGCUUAACUGCCUUUGACUAUUUUUCAAUUCAUUCUUCUGUCAUUCUCCCGGGGCAAUCAAAGUAGGAUUGUAUUGUCGAUGCGGGUGGGGAUAGUGAACACCUCGUUUUGGAUAACAGGAGGGGAACAAUGGUGAUUGUGUGUGGUACCGGGCGUUUCAAGGUCCAGUGACUGAAAAAGCUGAUACCAGAGAAUUCAAUUCAGCAGGCGU